AUGUCGGUUUUUAAUAAUACAGUUUAUACCAGUUUAUUCAUACUAAUAAACGAAUCUGGAAUCUGGAAUCUGGAAUCUGGAAUCUGGAAUCUGGAAUCUGGAAUCUGGAAUCUGGAAUCUGGAGUCUGGAAUCUGGAAUCUGGAAUCUGGAGUCUGGAAUCUGGAAUCUGGAAUCUGGAAUCUGGAAUCUGGAAUCUGGAGUCUGGAAUCUGGAAUCUGGAAUCUGGAAUCUGGAAUCUGGAAUCUGGAAUCUGGAAUCUGGAAUCUGGAAUCUGGAAUCUGGAAUCUGGAAUCUGGAAUCUGGAAUCUGGAAACUGGAAUCUGGAAUCUGGAAACUGGAAUCUGGAAUCUGGAAUCUGGAAACUGGAAUCUGGAAUCUGGAAUCUGGAAUCUGGAAUCUGGAAUCUGGAAUCUGGAAUCUGGAAUCUGGAAACUGGAAUCUGGAAGGCUAAACUUGUGCCAAGGAUGAAGGAGGUUGAAUUCUGA